AUGCAAAGAGCGCUAAGAGCAUACAUUGGCAGAAGAACUGCCAAUGCUACUCGAAUGUAUAACAGAAUGUAUAACACACCAGAACGUUCUCAAACACUUGCACAGGAACAACGUAACGCUUCGAGUAUGAAAUCAGCGUUUAAUUAUAAAUCCGAGAUUGAUUAUUUAAAUAUUAAAGCGCUUCAAAUAGGACCAAUGACGAUAUUAUGUCCUAAGUGCAAUGCAAAAAAAUGGAAAGAUGAAACCAAUGGACUUUGCUGCGCUGACGAGUCGGAUCAAAUAUCUAUUCGAACAAAUAUGAUUCCAAAUUUAAAAAGAGGUCUCAUUGAAUCAUUGCAAACAGUUUUGCGUGAAAAUAAUCACCUCAUACAGAGCUUCAGAUCUAACAUAGAGUCGAGAUCCUUUGAUGAAUUGCAAAACUUUAAGUUAAUUAUUCAUGCUGACAGAGUUCCUCAAGAUGAACACAGAGGUCAAUAUAAUGCACCUACCAUCGAUGAAGUAGCUGUAUUAUUAGUUAAUGAAGAUAAAGGUCCCAGAGAUAUAGUUCUGCACGGUCAGAGUGGACAAUUGAGUAGAGUUUCAGAAUUGAAUAGAUCUUAUGAUGCACUGCAAUAUCCGUUAAUGUUUACUAGAGGUGAAGACGGAUAUCACAUUAAUAUUACACAAAACCAACGAACAAAAACUGUCUCCUGCAUGCAAUUUCAUUGUUAUAGGUUUAUGGUUAGAGAAACAAGUAUAAAUCAUCUACAUUAUUACAAAACAUUAUUCAGCAAAUUCGCCGUAGAUAUGAUGGCAACAAUUAUUUCUGAAAGACUACACUUUAUUCGUAACCAUCAAAAACAACUAAGUGCGGAUGAUUAUGUUCACCUCCAAGAUACUGUUAACAAUGAUGCAAAUAUUAAUGCUAAUAACGUGGGGAAACAACCAGAUGAAAUUGAUAAAAUUAUUUCUGCCGAAAUACCGAACAAAGACAGAGAUCCUACACUUAAUGAAAUAGUAUGCAAGAAUAUGAUUCAUGGCCCAUGCGGAGAGUUAAAUAUUAGAUCGCCAUGUAUGAAUAAUGGAAAAUGUAGUAAGAAAUACCCUCGCAAAUUGGUCAAGGAUAUUCAAACUGGAGAUGAUGGUUAUCCGACUUACCGACGGAGAUCAUCAGAUGAUGGAGGUUAUACUGCAAUAUUAAAAGUUCGAGGAUCAGAUAGAGCUACUUUUUCUGUUAAUCGUGAAAACGAUGAGAUUACAAAUUAUUUGAAUGGUCGUUACAUAUGUACUUCUGAAGCGUUUUGGAGAAUUUACAAUUUUGAAAUCCAUGAUAGAGAUCCGACAGUUAAGCACUUGGCUGUUCAUCUAGAAAAUGGACAGCGUGUUUUCUUUAAUGCUAAUAAUCUUCAUCAAGUUAUUGAAAAUCCAAGAAAAACGACACUAGCUGCAUUUUUUGAACUGUGUUCACAUGAUAAUUUUGCGAAAACACUGUUGUAUCAUGAAGUUCCUUCUUAUUAUACCUGGGAUGAUAGCAGAGGCUGGUUAAAGAGAAGACGGGGAAAAGAUGUUCCAGGUUGGACAGGAAUAAAAAUGGACACUGCCAUUGGUAGAAUUUACACGAUUCACCCAAAAUCAAAUUUGAAGGCCAUUGAUGGAGUCAUUCACGCUACUUUUAAAACUGCCUGUUUUGCUCUUGGGCUUUUAGAAAAUGACGAGCAAUGGAAAAAUGCUCUAGCAGAUGCAACUGUUUCAGAAAGUCCUUCUAAAUUAAGAGAAUUAUUUGCAAUAAUCAUAGUUUUCUGCCAACCGUCUGAACCUCAAUCUUUAGGUUUGAUUGAAAUAGAAGAUAAAGUUGUUUGUUUGUCUGAAAAAUAUUUAAUAGAAUUUGGAAUGAAGUCACCUGUUCGAAAUGAAAAUACAUCUGAUCCUUUUGAAUUAUUAAUUUUGCGUUCUUACGAUGAUAACCGGUUACAAGAAUUUAUAGAAAUCAAUUUACCAAAAUUAGUAAAUGAUCAAAAAUAUGCUUUUAAUGUUAUUACAGAAAGCGUAAUGAAUCAUCAAGGAAGAGUAUUUUUUUUAGAUGCUCCGGGUGGUACAGGAAAAACAUUCCUACUUAAUUUUUUGUUGGCUCAAAUUAGAUCCUCAGGUAAAGUUGCAUUAGCAGUAGCUUCAUCUGGUUAUAGCAGCAACUCUAUUUAG